AUGCUGACAAAGAUCAUCGUGGCGCUGGCUCUCCUGAGCUUUGCGCGCGCUCAAACCCCCGAGGGUUUCGUGCCGAGCGUAUCAUCACAGCUAGAUGUGCUUUUUGGCACCAAAGCUGUCUCGCCCCCGGGGAUGUCUUUGACCAAAGCUGAAACUGCGAAACAACCUAUCAUCGGGACCAAUGAAACUCUUACAGGAACAUAUCUGUUCAUGAUGAUAGACUUGGACGUGCCGGCCUCCUUUACGAAUCCGAGCUCAGGUCCUCGCCGAACGAACCUACAUGCGAUGGUUCAAGACUUCAAGCCGGAUGGGCAGACUUCAGCUGCCGGAGUCCAGACAUUGGCCUCGACUGCGAAGACUCCUGUCGCGUACAUCGGUCCAGCACCGCCUGCGGAAACGCCGCCACAUCCCCACCGUUAUGUGACGCUGCUCUUUGAGCAGCCGGAAGGGUUUGCCGUACCGGAGAGCCAGAAGUCGCAGAUCCGGCAGAAGAUCGGCUUCAAUGUCACAACUUUCAUUGAAGCCGCCGCUCUCAAGGCUCCCGUGGCCGGCAACUACUUCACUGUCUCGGGAUAG